AUGUCUUCGAACUCGACAUUAGCCAUCAUAGGAUGCGGGAACAUGGGCUCCGCCAUCCUAAGCGGGAUUCUGGAUGUCACGCGCGACGACCCUACCUCAAGCCCCUUCGGGCGCAUCAUCGCCUGCACCAAAACCGAGCAAUCAGCCACGAAGCUACGGGAGCAGUACUAUGAAGACCUCUCGCGUGUGGAAUUCCGCGCCGGCGAUAGCCUCUCCGCCGUGCGGGAAGCCGACUACGUCAUGCUCGGCUGCAAGCCGUACCUCGUUGAGGCCGUCAUCGCCGACGAAGGCAUGGCCGAUGCGCUGGCUGAGAAGUUCAUCAUCAGCAUCAUCGCGGGGAAGACGCCCGCCGUGCUGGCAGGUUAUAUCACCGAAUAUGCCAGCCCGUCCCUUAAGGCUUCCCAGCCCUCUGUGUCGCGGGCCAUCCCCAACGUUGCCGCCAGCUUGCGCGAGUCAAUGACUGUGGUCGAGCUGCCCGCCCAUUGUAAGCCCGAGAACCGCGAGGUGGUCGAGUGGAUGUUCUCCCAGCUGGGACAGGUCAAGGUGCUCAGCGCCGAUCUCUUCGACUUGGGAUCGAUGCUUGUGGCUGCUUUGGCCCCGAUGUCAGUUGCCGUGGACGGUAUUUUGGACGGGUGUGUGGCGGAGGGCAUGCGUCGGUCGGAGGCAUCCGAGAUGACGGCGCAGUGCUUGUUGGGCCUUGCGCAGCUGCUGAAGAGUGGUAUUCAUCCCGCCGUGCUGAGGGAGAGUAUUUCUUCGCCUCGAGGCUGCACGAUCCAGAGCUUGUUGACGGUCGAGAAGGCCGGUGUGCGCAGUGCGUUUGCGGAGGCGAUCAUCAACGGCACCAGACACCUGCAUAACCUGCAGAGCAAAUAAGGUAGACAAGGACGAGAUAGAUAACUUAGACAGGUCAUACACAAGUAACUCAUCCAUAGACGAGCGCUCAACGACAGAACUAUGAUCCUAUAGUCUGAGCGCAUCACGAAUAUCAAUUGGGAC